AUGCUCCUGCCUUAUCCCUUCCUCAGAGUAAUAAUUUUCCUGUCAAGUCUUCUUCUAGCAUACUACUUUUUGCUCUCUUUCGGCAUGGACUCUGCGGUGGGGGGCGGGGAGCGGCGGAGGGAGGUGCGGAGGGAGGUGCGGAAGAGCAAUGUUGUUGGCUUCUUCGCGCAGGAUCUAGAGGGGACGGAUCCGGGGGGAUUUGAUUGGGUUUGUUUUCCUUUCCAUUCAAUCUUGUGGGGAGGGGCUGACGAUGGGUAGAUUGAGAGCGGGUUUGGGUUGUUGGAUGAGUUUGAUGUUCCUGGACUUGAGAUGGAGAUGGAGGGAGAGGUAGAAGGGGAGGGGAGGAGAAAGUGGGGGAAGUUUCGGGGGACCAUCGGCAGGUUGAAUGACCAGGCGCCGAGGAAUACCGUUUACAAAGUUCUGUAUUUGGCCAGGCAUGGGCAAGGGGUUCAUGUAUGUUCUUCCUUUCUCUUUCAUUCUUUCCCGAUCUCAUUGGAGAUGGACUGAUGUUUUCGGUAGAAUGUUGCCGGUAUGUUCUCUUUUGUCCCAUGGGUAAGUUACGCAACUAAUUGACGAUGCCGGCGCAGAGGAGUUUUAUGGAACUCAUCCUUGGAAUGUAGGGGUUCUAUCUACCGGUAGCUAUGUAUUUUAGGUUGGGUGAGGGAGGCUAAUUAUAUUGUUAAAGUGUCACUGGUCCUUGCUGGAUGGGAAUGGUACUUCUGUUUGGGUUGGUUUAUCCAUAGGGCUGAGCUGCGGGGAUGCGGGGCUGAUGCUGAUAACAGGCUGAUGCUGAGCUUACGAAUAUUGGCAUUGCGGAAGCUCAGCGUGCGAAUAUUGCUUGGAAGGAGCAGAUUAAGGCCGAUGUCCCAUUGCCGGAGAGCUACUAUUCUUCUCCAUUAAGGUGCCCGAGAUCCCCCGCUGGUUACGGACGCGGCUAACCAGGCCAGGCGUGCUGCAAGUACCCUCGAAAUAACCUGGAAAGACAUCACUCUGAACGAGUACAAGACUCCCAAGCCCAUUAUCAAGGAGGUUUGUAGCCCAGUGACCGAUAAUUGCAAUUUCGAGCUAAAGAAACAUAGAAACUCCGCGAGACAAUCGGUAUUCAUUCGUGCGACCGCCGGAGCCCCAGAACCGAGAUCGCUAAGGAGUUUCCCGAAUUUGUCUUCGAGGAGGGCUUCGUAGAGAAUGACCCGUACUGGACGCUCGAAUGGAGGGAGCCUAACGAUGUACGAGACAUCAGGCUAGGGGAAGCCCUGAACGACAUCUUUGCCCACGACCAUAGCACUUAUAUCAGUAUUACCGCACAUAGUGGGGCUAUCACCAGGUAAGGCCCUGCCUGCCUGCCGGCCAAUGAAUGGAAAAAUUUGCUAACCAAUUCAAUGGCAGUAUGCUGCAAACUCUCGGGCAUAGGCCGUUUAGACUUCAGACCGGAGGGAUGAUUCCAGUGGUUGUGAGAGUCGAGUUUGUUCCAGAGCCCGAGCCGACACCGACUAGCGUAUCGCCUUCGUACGGCGCACCAAGCUGCACAGUGAACCCG